CUGUCGAGAAAUCAUGUCAUUGCUUAAUAUUCACCGUACCGAAUUUACACAUGACUGCGGCUUGUAACAUUACUAGCAUCCCUUGCAUCAUCAAAGUGAAAAAGAACGCGAAUAUAUGGAUGCGAUCAGCCGCUUGCAACUGUCCAAGAGAUUGUGAGUCACGCCAGUACAAAGUUGACAUUAGCACUGGGAAUUUGAACGCUCUGCCGUACAUUCCGAACAAUCCCUUUGCAGAUGUAACCUUCAAGCGUAGUACAUCAAUCAUGCGUUUCAUUUUUCCAAACUCCGUGUACGUCAAACAGAAGCAAGAAACUGUCGUGCCUUUGAUCAGCCUCGUCUCUAAUCUCGGAGGCGUUUUCGGUCUAUGUUUGGGUUGUAGCUGCAUCAGCGUGCUCGAAAUAUUAUUCUUUUCAUAUCUGUAUAUUAAGAGAAAAAUUCGUAAGCACCUUAUUAACCCACGUAAGUGAGUUGCCACUAACACCUAAUCGGUCCUAUAUAGCAAGCUUGUAUAGGUAGGUAUAAAAUGAAACCCAAAAAAUAAGGUGUGUGUAAACAUUUUAUAUUUCCCUUUAUAUAUAAUAUAUACUUUUAUUUCACUACUUCUCGCUUUCAAAUUCAAUAAUAUAUUCAAAAAUGCUUUGCUAAUUUUUCUUGAAAAAAUACAAAAAGUUACACUAAGAUUGCUUUAUCAAAAAAUGUUCUAGAAAAAAAUUACAUCUCAUAAUUUAUUUAUCAACUACAAUGUUCAUAUUAUGCAUAAAAUACUUUAAUAAUUGAGUUUUAAAUUUAUAAAUAUACUUAA